CACGUUAUCAUCUAGGAUUAUAUAGAAUUUAGUGUUAGUGAGAAAUAAGAAAAUGGAGGAUAAUAAACGCUUUGAACUAUUGCGUUUCAAAAAUCAGCUUCUGAAGCCACAUGUCGGGUUCUUGGUGUUCAUGUGUAGCAAAUUGGACAAAGCAGAGGCUGAAAAAUGGAAUAUAAUGCUCAGAUUCAUAAAUUCCGAUAGAAUAGUAAGCAAGGAUCAGAUCAAUAACAUGAACAGUGCCAUUUUAAAUGCAAAGAAUACACUUCGGAGUAAAACUGCAAAUAAGAAAUUAGAGAUUCAUCAACCAAGUUCUUCGCAUACAGUUGAUCAAAGAUUAGAACAAUACAAAAAUAAGAGCCCUGUACGGUAUUACGGUCGACAAGAUUCUGGUGGCUAUGCGGUUAAAGAAAGAGUUGUUGUAGAAAGAACAAUUUACCAUAAUAAUUAUUCAGAGCGUCAAGAAAAUCAAAGUUUUGAGACGUCAAACUUUCAUAAUCGAGAUCCAAGAAUUCGUAGAUUGCAAGAUGCUUCAUCAUCUCAUCGAAACGAAUUUGAUAAUAACCGAAGAGAAUGUACAGAAGUUUCAAAUUACAUCAAAUAUCUCCCUUCAAGUGAAUCUUAUAAUUCAAAUAAUCAGUCACAAAUGGCACACGAUGGUUCGAGAUAUCAAGGUCAUAAAUAUUCUCGUUUGCCUCCUAAAGGUCAUGCAUUACAGGAGUUUGAAAGUCUAAAAGAAACGUACAGUUCAAAACCGGAAGAUCUAAGACCACAUUCUUCAUCAAAAUAUUCGGUAUCGAAUCAUUCAAGCCGUCGUAACUCGCCAAUUUUCAAUGAUGAAAGAAAACGUUCACCGUAUAGGCCACGGAGUAGUGGAAGACAUUCACCUAUUCAGUAUAAAUCGAACGACUAUGAUGAUCAUUACUCUGGACAUGAAACAUAUCGUUCAAGAGGAAGAUCUCGUAAAGGUCGUCGUCAAUAUGUUGAAGAUAUGAAAAAACGCUCUGCGUCGAGAAAUCGAUUUUCACCUCAUGCGACUGAUGCAUCGCGUUCAAAAUUCGGAAAAACUUAUGAAUCUACAACAACUCGAAAGGAUUUUGAAAGAGAGCAAGAUAAUCUCAGAUCUAAUUCAAACUCACAUCAGUUCUCAAGAAAAGAUCCAUCAAGUAACGAAAAUUAUUCAAGAAAUUUUGUUGCAAACGAGGUUAGCUCAAAAGCACAAGUUUGGGGUUAUGCACGAUCAAAGUCACGUGCUAAGUCAAUUUUCAGCCAUCAUCCGAAUCUUUCGCAUGAAAAUCAAUCCCCUGUUAUGCCGAAUGAAGUCAAAAGAAAGCCACCACCUCGUCGUAAAAGCAUGUUUGAACCUACAAAUUGCGACAGUGGAACAUGUUUUGGAAUUUACAAGCCUUUUAGUGAUUCCAAAAGCAAGAGACCAUCUGAACAAUUAGAAUUGAAGCAUUUUUCAAAUGAAAACCCAACCCCAGUGUCCAAUAACGUCGCAAGAAAACCGCCACCUCGCCGUAAAAGCAUGUUUGAACCAUCAAAAUACGACAAAUAUGGAGAUAUUCAUCGAUCAAGACCUGCUUCUCCUGAACAUAGAAUACUCUCAAACAAAAAUCGCAGAAAUUCUGGUGACAGUUCUGCAUUGAAUUAUAAAGCCACUGCCAAUAAUUUUGGAACUCAUAAAUCUUCUAAUGAUUCAGAAAAUAAUAAAUCUUCCAAAGAAUUGCAACGUGUUUCACAUGAAAUUCCAAAGUCAAUGACGUCUAGUGAAAUUAAAAAGAAGCCGCCACCUCGUCGUAAAAGCAUGUUUGAACCAUCAAGAUACGACAAAUAUGAAGAUUUUCAUCGAUCUAAGAAUCGAUCAAGGCCUGCUUCUCCCGAACAAAGAAUUGUCUCAAACAAAACUCGCAGAAACUCUGGCGACAGUUUUGCAUUGAAUUAUAACGCCACUGCCAAUAAUUUGGGAACUCAUAAAUCUUUCAAUGAUUCAGAAAAUAACAAAUCUUCCAAAGAAUUGCAACGUGUUUCACAUGAAAUUCCAAAGUCUAUGACGUCUAAUGAAAUUAAAAAGAAGCCACCACCUCGUCGUAAAAGCACGUAUGAGCCAUCAAGUCAGACCAAAUCUGAAGAAAGCCAUCGAUUUAAAAAUCGAUCAAGACCUGCAACUCCAGAAGAUAGAAAAUCCAAAGACUUGAAACGUAAUAUUUCUGACAAAGGUUAUGACGCUUCUAAGAAAAGUGCAGGGGUUGAAAAAGGUUCUGCUGCACACGAGUCUUCAAAACGUAGAAAAGGAGAAGAAACAGUUAAGGCUGUGGUAUCAAAAGAACUCGAUGUCGAAACUAUUACAAAUUGUUCUAAAAAAGUUGAAACACCAGACGAAAUCAUCAAAAGUCUACAAGAAAAAUUGGGAACUGAUGGUCUAAAUCAGUUGAAAAAUUUGUUAGUACAACAUGUUAAAGAUAGUGAUAAUAGUGGUCCGCCCAUUGCCGGAACUUCAAGCGAGAUAACGAAAUCAAGAAAUUCUCCAGAGCUUGUUAAAAGCGAAGAUAAUAAAAGAACAGAAAAACAAUCUCCCGUGAGGGUUAAGAGUAAAACUGAAAACAGAAAAUGUACAAAACGUUCUCUACCAAUUAUUGAUGAAGAUUCAUCCAGUUCUUCUGAUACUGCUUUAAUUAUCAAAAGAAAGAAGAAAAAAAUAUCAGAAGAGUUGAAUGCAAAAGAUAAACCAGUAGAAAUUAAAUCUACAAACAAAUUGAUUAAAAAGAAAAUUGAAACUCAAGCAUCUCCGUUGGUGACACAAAGAAAAGUGCCGCCGUCGGCUUCAACUCAACUAAAUGAACAAGCAAAAAUCACAAAUAAGCAAGCUAAGAAGUGUGGUAGAAAAUAUAAUGAAUUAGACAGAUUACAUAAUGAUAUCAAGGAGUUCUAUGAUGGCGAAGGGAUAGCUCAUUCAGGUGGUCCUAGAACUUGUACGAUACAAAAGAAAACUUGCGAUCAGAAGGAUGAGUUUGGAAUGGUUAAAUGUUUUGUCGAAAUUGAAGAGAUUGAUUUGAAACAGGAAGAAAUGCCCGUAAAGUUAAACCGUGAGUUUUUUGCAAGACAUUCUGAAUUAAAAAAAGAUUGGAGUCACUACCUGAAGCUUGAAAGAUUGAAGAAAGAAUUGGCUAUAAGUUCACCAGAAUCAGUGAAUAGAAAAGAAAUAAAAGAAACGAAAUUAGAAACUUCUAAAUUUCGUAGUCGAGAGGUGGAAACUUCGAACAAACAUUGCCGGUCGAACGUAAUUUUGAAAAGGCUUGGACUCGAUCAAAAGAACUCCAAGCAAAUUUGUACAAAAAAGAGACCAAUAAAACAGAUUGAGAUUUCAAAAGCAUCGCACAUGUCACAAGUUAAAAAUAAAAAUCGAGUUUCAGAAUCAAUAACAGAAGACUCAUAUCCAGAUCUAGUGGAAACAUCAACGACAGUGAAGAAGACAUCAAAUGACUUCAAGGAAUACGUCAAGAAAAACCAUUCGAAUUCAACUAUACAGAAGACACAGUCUCCUCAAGCUGAGAUAUCAACCACGCUUAAAACUAUGCAACCCUUUUCAAAAACGGUUGAAGCUAGAAAGAAAAGUUCAAAAACAGUUGAAGCUACAAGCAAAAUUGAAACUGGAAAUAAAAUUUCGAAAGCGGCACAAGCGUCAACUAACUCAGCUGAAGAAUCAACCAAAGUGCAAACUGUUUAUCCAUUUUCGGAAACAAUUGAACUUCUAUUUUCAAGUUUGAAAACAGCACAAGCGCCAUCUGAUUCAACUGAAAAUUCAAGCACACCUCAGCAAUCAAAUAAUAACAUUGGUUCUCAUCAAAAUACGGAAAACGCUUCAAAUACAUCUAAAAAAAGUUUAUUAGCAGAUUUAUUGAAGACUGACCUUAUUGAACAGAGAUCAAAGUUGGUUAAAAAAAGUUUUAAUCCUCCAAACAUACUGAAGAAAAGUAAAAUCACGGAAACUUGCGCAACAAACAUAUUGGCACGAUUUAAGCGAGCAGAAUUACAAGACGAAUGGGAAGAUAUUGAGGAGAAAAAGAUUACUGAACCGCAUAAGAAAGUCAAACUCCUUGAUCUUGUAAAUUUUAUGGAUAGUAAAAAUAUUUCUUGUGAGCAGAACAAUCUUCUAAACUUCAAACCAAUAAUCACGCCUAGAUUGUCAGAAGGAACAUCAACUUCUGAGAAAAACGACCAGAAAGUUGAAGAGAAGAAAGACGAUUCUCGAUGGUUUUCACUGCUUACAGAGAAUGAGAAUGCAUAUUACUAUUGCAAAUUAUGCUUGUUUAAAUCAUCAAAUCAAGAAGCAUUUAUUACUCACAUCGAUUUUCUUCAUUCAAGUUGGAAAUGGUCAAAGUAUUGCAGUAUUUGUGAAAAAAACAUCAUUGAAGGAAGUAAUUCGCACAAAGAUGAAUUUAAACAUUACAUUGAGCAUAUGAAAUCUAGAAAAAUUAAAACACAAAUUCCAUAUACUGUUUCGGAAAUCAAAGUUCUUCUUGGGGAUUCAUUGUCUCAAAAACCAGUGGAAAAGUUUAUACCAAUCGUGAAUUCAUCUGCAACAAUUAAAGUUGUUGAAAACAAUAAGGAAUCAAAAGAGUUUUCUGCUGCACUUGUACCAAAACAAAAUUCUUCAAUCUCUUUCAAAAUGCCACCGAAGACUGUUAUUAAAUACGUUUUUGAAGGCAACAAAUUAGUUCCCAUGAAAAGUUCACAGAAUACGAUCAGUUCAUUAAAACUACGACCAUGGCUUAUGAAAAGACAAGUCGAGGUUUCCAAAAGCGAAGCACUUUGUGAUGCAAUGUUACAAAAUUUUUAUUGCCUUGCUGCCUUUUACAAAUGUAUGGGAACUACGUGCACAUUUUAUACUUGCGAUCAAAAUAUUUUUCGUGAUCAUCUACUUAAACAUUGGAUGGUACAAAAGGAAGAUUCAAAAAAUUGGUUGAUUUGCAGUUAUUGUAACUAUCGUGGAAAUAUUAUUAGCGAUUUUAUAAGACAUUUGAAUGCUAAUCAUGGCUGGGAUCGUUUUCAAUGCACUUACUGCUUCUUUCGUGCAUGUAAUUCAUCUUCUGUUCUUUAUUAUCAUCAAAAAAUGCAUCAUUUUAAAUUAGAACGUAAAGUUAUAGAAUGUGAGCCACGCUAUUCUCGAGAUGCAUCUCAAGAAGUUGCAGAGAUUAUGAAGAACAUUGCAACAUAUGUGUCUCUGCUUACGUGUUCAAUGUGUCCGGCUAGUUUCUAUACCUUUGAUUUAUAUGAGAGGCAUCUGAUUUCACAUAAUGACAAGAUGGCAACAAAAUGUAAGAAAUGUUGUCGAGUUUUGUUAGCUGCGUCAUUUCAACAACAUCUACUUAAAUGCCAAGGAAUUGGUCUUUACCAAUGUGUUUAUUGCUGGUAUGGGACUAAUCUUUCUAAAGAUAUUUUGAAUCAUGUUAUUUCGUGUCAUUCAAACCGUUCUUCGUAUUAUUGUGAACGAAUGCUACUAUCUGAUGGAACGAAUUGGAAUCAAGUGAAGACCGCUCCUAAUUCUAUAAAUACUUUGAGCAUCAAGUUAAUUAAAAAUAGUUCGUCUGGAGUUCCUUUCGUGAAGAUAGCCAAUGAUCCGUGUUUGAAGAAUGAAAAUAAUUGGCGUAUCAUAGACGCUUCAUCGGUGAAAGCUGUUGAAUCAUCACAAGCAGUGAAUACAGAUUCAACUUCCCAAUCAGAUAAUUUUAUCCCACCAAUAGCUGUAGACCCAAUGUCUGUUAACACCAGCAAUGAUGAUGGUGUUCAAAAUCAACAAGCUAAGUCAUCGCUUCAAAUUUCAAAUGUCAUUUCGUUGGCUGGAAAUGUCGAUUUUUGAAUGGUUCAACAAAAUCGUUUACAAUGCUUACAAAUGAAUAUCGCAAGAAAUAGAAGUGAACAAAUAUUAAUUUAUAAGUUGUUUUAAUGUAAUUACAAGCUUCAAUAACGUGUGGUUCACUGUAUUGUAUAAAUGAAAGAUUCACCAAUGUUUCAUGAUUAAAUUUGAAAUUAAUCAAUAAAAACAUUUGAAAUUUGUAUUUCC